AUGGGCAAAACCCUACAUCUCUCGAUCUCUGAUAAGGAUCUUAGUGCCGCCACCGCUGAUGUUCGCCACGACCACCUCCAAUCCCAACUUGACGGUGUUGUCGACUCCAUUUCUUCUCUCGAAGCCCACCAAACUGACAUCCAAACCUCCCCACUCCCCACAUCAGUCUCCCCGGCUCUCAACCCUUUUGUUGGCCAGCCGCCUCUCACAUCCGUCCCACUUCUCAUUUCACCCAACACUCACCGCUUCUCUAUACCACCCCUUCUCCUUCUUCCCUUCCCCACCUACCUUCUCCUACGCACUAUCCCUACCUUCCACCUACGCACUCAAAACCAGUCUUCCUUCCAACUAACUUGA